AUGGAUCUCCCUACAUUCACACCCGAAUUUAUCCAGCUUCGAAACAAGCAUCGCAUUGGAAGCGAUUCUUACCAUUCCUCAAUGUUCUGGGAGAAAGCCAUUCCAAGACUUGCUCGUCACAAGAUGUCGGGCUUGGACCAAAAGGCUGUCACAGACAGAUAUCAAGCAAAGUGUGAAGAGUAUUAUGGAGAUACUGUUAACAACAACUACUUCAUGUAUUGUUGGGAUAAAUCCAUCUCGGAUUAUUUCUUUCCCGAGGAAAGCUUUGUCGGAUCAGAUCCUGAUCCAAUUUAUUCCGAAGUCUUCGCGCAAUACUUCAAUGAGCAGGCGCAGGUCAGAGACGAAAUGAAUGAAUGUGGCGUUCAUGUAGCAGAACAAGUUGGUGUCUUGAUGAGCCUUAGCAAGGUUUAUAACAAUCAACUUCAACUUGCACGCAGACCCGUGAGACAUUUACCCAGCAGGGCUGCAAUGAAUUUUGACAGUGCAGGUAGUCAGAAUGGCCCUCCGAGACCGAAUCCUCAAGGCAGUAUUCCUGAGUGUAUUACCACGGAGAAUUUUGAUACCGAGUCUCCUAAGCUGAAGAGACGCAUGGAAAAGGCGGUCACCAAACUUUUGUAUGAGGAUUUAGACAGAGAUUGGGUCAUGGUCAAGGACAAUCGAGAUGAUGAUUGGGUUGUGGUGGAAAGAGAAGCAAGAUGA